AUGGAGGUUGAUGCCCCCUGCACGCUGCCUUCUAUGCGUUUUAACUGCAGAGAACCCGCCCCGACAUGGGAAGACCACAGAGUCACGUUCUCACCAAUGCAUCAAAGACGACGCCGCAUCCUCCACACCGCUGCUGUCAAGAACAAGAGACGAGGGUAUGUGCGAUGGGUGAAUGAGCAUGUGAGGCAUUUGCUGUACGCGUUUGCCUGCGGACGAUACGAGGCAGACAGUGGGCAACUGGGGAGUAAGGUCUUUUUCUGCUCCAAAGCCAUGCUUGCGUACUACCUCGGUGGCGACUUUUUUUGCGUCAUAAAUCAUAUUAAAGAUACCGGUACAAGGGGUACAAUCCACGAUUUUGAACGGUGUUUUUCAGUUUCUGGAGCCAAAGCUUUGGUAUCAUUUGGAGGCCAACCAAAUGCAGUCAGAGUUCUACGCCUUCUGUUGGGUCACGUUUCUUUUCACGCAGGGAGUUUAACGUGCCGGAGGUACUUAGAUUUUUUUUUUUUCUAUCCGACGGAACCACGCGGCGCCGUGCUGUUUGCCGUUGUCACCAUGUUAAGGCGCCUACGCGAUAUGCUGCUGUUGCUGAAUAAUUUGUGA